AUGCUGAACCCGAUCGAAAGGUGCUUCAGCGCCUUGAAGGCUUGCAUCAAGAGCUACCUCGCCCUCCACACUGAUGCUACGUUCGAGCGUGGUGAGUAUGGGACGUUUCUCCAACGACGAAUGGUCUUACUUGAGGAUGCUGCUCGCGCGUCGCUGCCAUGCAUCACGCAGCCGUUGGUGGUCCGCGAGGUCAUCUUCUGUCAGCGCAACGUCGAAAAAGCCAUCCUAUUGGAGAGCAUGGUGUAUGGUCAGUAG